UGAAGAACAAAGAUCAUCACGUCUGUAUCAUUUCUGCUCACACAGUUAACAGAGAUACGCUUUUCUAGUCAAAUGUGGAUUCCUAAAGAGACUCUCGUACGUCCCGUCGUCACCAGAACUCUCUUCAUCCUCUGCCUCCUCAUUGCACUUGCUAGAGGAACGGAUCAUGAAUCAGUAGAACUGCAGACUGCGCAUGUGAACAAACUAUCAAACACAAACAGAGUGAAGAACGUGUUGUCAUCUGACAGUUUUAUUCAUUUUGUGUUGAAUCUGCUCGGCUACUCAACUGUGAUCGUACCAGCAGCUUUCUUGAUUCGUUACCUAAAGAGUUCUUCGUGGCUGAAUCAAGGCAGCGGUCCACUGAUUGAUCUAGUGAAGAUUUGCAUUGUUGGAAAACCGGAUGAUGUUAGGAGCACAGAGGAUGUCGAGAAACAGGGCCAACCGCCCGAAGAGCAACCGAGGGAGACUUUGUGGUGGACGACGAUGCGAUUGGUUUUCUGCUUCGUGGGCUUGCAGGCGUCGUAUCUUACGUGGGGUGUCUUGCAGGAGAGAAUCAUGACUCGGGACUAUGGAGGAGAGAAGUUUACCAACUCUCAGUUUCUGGUCUUUGUCAAUCGUGUUUUGGCUUUCUUCAUUGCCGGUGCCGUAAUAAUGCUCACCAAACAGCCUGUUCAUCGAGCGCCUAUGUAUAAAUACUCCUACUGUUCGAUAUCAAAUAUUCUCAGCAGCUGGUGUCAGUAUGAAGCUCUCAAGUUUGUCACGUUUCCGAUACAAGUUCUUGCCAAGGCGUCGAAAGUUAUCCCAGUUAUGAUUAUGGGAAAAUUUGUGUCGAGAAAAUCGUAUUCGUGGCAUGAGUAUGCAACGGCUGUGUUGAUAUCAAUUGGUGCAAGUCUGUUCCUACUUGCCAGUAGUCAUCACAGCAAAAACAAAGCCACAGAGACAACAACUGUCGGUCUUAUUAUUCUUUUUGGUUACAUGAUCUUUGACAGUUUUACCUCUAACUGGCAGUCAGAGUUAUUCAAGACUUACAAAAUGUCACCCGUCCAGUGCAUGUUUGGUGUCAAUUUAUUCUCGUGUCUUUUCACUGUGUUAUCACUCAUCGAACAAGGCGAAUUUUUCUCAUCACUUAUGCUGCUGCUUCGUCACAAUGACCUCUUCUUCCAUGCUCUCUUACUUUCCAUCUGCUCGGCUUGUGGUCAGCUGUUCAUUUUCUACACGGUGUCAGCAUUCGGCCCUAUAAUCUUCACCAUCAUCAUGACAACUAGACAAGUUAUGAGCAUCUUACUCUCUUGCCUCAUCUACGGACACACCAUCACAACCCAAGCGGGAUUGGGAGUAAUCAUCGUAUUCUUUGCUCUGUCUGUACGAGUAUACGCAAAAAGUAGAACCAGUCCAAAACAGUGAUAGAGAAUUUAGUGUUAGUGCUUUACGAGUGGUCAUAACUUAACACAAUGAUGAUAUUAUUAGUUAAAUGUAUUGACUAGAGCAGCCAUUGUGAUCAUGUUUCUACUAAUUUGUCAUAUUUCAAGAGC